AUACAAGCGAGAAAAUGAUACCUAAACAAUCAAACGUCCACUCCAGCUUGUAGCAACAGAACGGGUCGGUGUAUGUAUGUACCUGCACUUCGAGUGUGGUGUGUCAUCUGCUUGCCGGACACGGGCCAGUCAAGCAGCACGUAACAAGUUGCAUGACUCAAAAGGAACUGACUGCCGAUUGUGCCCAGGACGAGCAUGCUUUCUAUUCGGACUAUCCCACCAAUGUCGUUUAGAUGACUUGCCUUGCGAUCGUCGGAAUGGACAUGCGCGAAAAGCAGCCGGAACCGCUGGCAAGAAGCAUCUACUCGAUGUCUGACCGUGACACAAGCUGUACUUCCGUGAGACUUGCUUCCCAGACUCCGGAUGCCUGCGAAUGGUUUCAUGCUACUCUUGAUCGCGCUGCUGCCGAAAGGCUGCUUCGACUUCAAGGAGAGGAUGGCAUGUUUCUGGUACGACCAAGUGGGUCUUCACCGGGUGAUUUUGCACUCAGUGUGGCGGAAGGUGGUCAGGUACUGCACCUUCAGGUGCACCGUCACCGGGAAGAUGCUUUCUUCAGUGUAGAUGGUGGCCCUGUGGUACAUGGGCUGGAGGAGCUGGUGUACCAGAGUAGCCAAGAAGGUGGGGCACCCUGGGGCCAACCCCUGGGACGCCCAUGCCCCGGGGGAGGGCCACCUCCAGCUGAUACUCGACGCCAUGGUCGCACCAAUCUGCUGCACCGUGCAACCAGGCAGGGAGACCUGGUGGUGGUGAACGAGCUGUUGCGAGUUGGCUAUGCUACCGAGGCCAAGGAUGAGCAAGGUCACACAGCUGUGCAUCUGGCAUGCCUUGCUGGACACACUGAACUUCUGGCAGCCCUGCUGGCAGCCGGUGCUGCCCCAUCUGGUCCCGACAUCUGUGGCCGACAUCCACUGCAUUAUGCAUGCGAGUGGCCAGAUGCCGAGAUGGUCAAAGAGUUGCUGUCAGCAGGAGCCAGUGCACAGGCACGCGACGCCGACAAUGGCUGGGUGCCAUUGCAUGUGGCUGCAGCACGAGGCCACCUGGAUGUUGUGCGGGCUCUGCUGGAUCAUGGGGCGCCAGCACGUCCGCGCACGUUACGACAUGAAUUACCCGCUGAUCUGGCAGCGCAGGGGAAACACACCGACUGUGUUCACUUGCUCGAAACCUAUGAGAGACCCGCACCAACCUACACACGAACUUCUUGGCUUCAUCCUCCUCACGUGGACCGUGAGUGCGCUACGCGGCUUCUCUCCACGGCUGAGGAAGGCACAUUUUUGUUACGACGCGGUCGGCGAAGCUCAUACGUGUUGUCACUGGCUGGGCCUACAUCAAUUUACCACUUUGAGAUACAUUCCCAGGGCCCAUAUGUGCACAUAGAUGAUGGCCCACUUCUUUCAUCCCUGGAGCACUUGGUGGCCCACUACAGCAAUUUUGAGGAUGGCCUGCCUGUGCGCCUUGCUCAGCCUCUUGCACCAGAUGAGCCACCACCUGUGGCACCCCGAUCCCUCACGUCGCAGCGACAGACGCCCACAAUGACGGCUGUGAUUAGCAGAGAUUCCCUCAGUUUAGGUCAGACUCUGGGGGAAGGAGAAUAUGGCUCUGUUCUACAAGGUGUAUGGCUGACAUCUGAAGGCACAGAGGUGUCUGUGGCAGUUAAGAAACUACGGGAGGUGUCGGCCAGCGAAGGCUUUGCUCGUGAGGCUGAGCUCAUGGUGGACUUGCGGCACCCAUGCAUCGUGCGGCUCCUAGCCAUCUGCCUGGGACCACCACUUAUGAUGGUGCAAGAGCUCCUGCCAUUAGGCUCCCUGUUAGGCUACCUGCAGCAAGGCUGUGGGCCUGUGUCCUUAGAAGAGGAUGUGCCAAGAUGGGCACAUCAGGUUGCAUGCGGCAUGGCCUACCUGCAGGCUCGCCGCUUUGUACAUCGAGACCUGGCUGCCCGCAACCUCUUGCUUGCCUCCCGCAUGCAGGUCAAGAUCAGUGACUUUGGGUUGUCCCGAGCUCUGACCUUGGGAAGCGACUACUAUCGUGCAACCACAGGUGGAAGAUGGCCUCUGAAGUGGUAUGCCCCCGAGUCUGUCAACUUUGGUACGUUUUCACAUGCCAGCGAUGCCUGGAGCUUCGGUAUCACCCUCUGGGAAAUGUAUACUCUUGGGGAGCUCCCAUAUGGAUCACUUACUGGUGUUCAGGUACUGGCGCUGGUCGAGAGGGGAGAGCGACUGGCACAGCCCGAUGACUGCCCCGACUGGGCGUACACAGCAAUGAAGCACUGCUGGCGAUUCUGCCCCGAUGAAAGGCCACCUUUUUCUGACCUGGCUGUGCUGUUCGCUGCUCACAGCAGUAGACACCUCUGUGCUGGAUGUGAUGACAAUGCCCAUUAAAGCCCUCAGUGGAAGAAUGCUUUCUA